GACAGAUCGAUUUGUUGCUACUUCUGUUUAUUUUUAAUUUGGCUUCCUACAAAUAACAGUUUUUAAAAUUUAGCCGUUUAUUCGCCAUGCGGAAGCGGCCGAAGAAAAAUGUUGACCUUGACAAUGGAUUCGGUGAAUGGGGUGGAUAUAUGGAUGCGAAGAAAUCGAAGCUGGAGGAACAAUUUGCGGAAGACGCAUUGAAAAAUCCUUACAAGGCAUCGAAUUUAUUCGCGGGCAUAUCGAUAUUUGUGAAUGGCCUAACAAAUCCAUCAGCAGAAGAGCUCAAACGAAUUAUGAUAACUCACAGCGGUAUCUAUCAUGCGUACCAGAAAAGAUCAACAACAUUUGUUAUCGCAAACAAUUUGCCAGAUGUAAAGAUUCGUCAAAUCACGACUGCCAAAAUAAUCAGUCCACAAUGGAUUGUCGAUUGUUUAAAUGCGAAUAAAAUCCUGGAUUAUUCCAACUAUCUACUGUAUACAAAUCGUAAGAUUUCACAACCAAAAAUAGCGUUCAAAGAGAAAGAAUCAAAAAUAAAUCAUGAUUCCAUUGUGCAACCACCACCUGGGGAGUGCAUGACUAACGAUGAAAUCCAUGCUGAGCCCACAAAAUUGGACAUAGUAUUGAAUUUGGAUAUUCUUAAUACGGCAAUUAGGCGCGAAGAGCAAACGAAACCUAGCAAAGAAAUGGAUACAGUUUCAGAUGUGAGUAGAAGCGAGCAUCAAGUGAAGAAUGAAUUUAAGAAAGGUCUCGCAAAAACAGCGGUUGAUCCAAACUUCAUUUCCGAGUUCUACAAUCAGUCUCGAUUGCAUCAUAUCGCCACGCUUGGGGCGUCGUUCAAACAAUAUAUCUCACAGUUACGUGAAUCAUGCGACGAUGGUCAAUUUCCGGCUCUGAAUCGGCUCAAAGAGAUAAUGCAAAUGCGUCAAUCUUCAAAAGAAAAAGAAACAGAGAGAUACAGUAGAAAAGCAAUCAUGCAUAUUGACAUGGACUGUUUUUUUGUUUCCGUCGGCCUUCGAUCAAGGCCACAGUUGAGAGGUUUCCCGGUUGCAGUUACUCAUUCAAAGGGACACAAUAGCAACAACAUUAACAGUACAAAUGACGUUGAUCGAAGGAAAGAAAUGGAAUUAUAUAUUAAACGACACGAUGAAAAAUACAAUACAGACCAAUCGAAGAAUGACGAUUUGAAUGACCGAACUAAAACUCUCAUCGAUAAAACGACAUCGUUAUCGGAGAUCGCGUCCUGUAGUUAUGAAGCAAGGAAAAUGGGCCUAAAAAAUGGCAUGUUUGUUGGAGCUGCUUUGAAAUUGUGUCCUCAACUUAUAACUAUCCCAUACGAUUUCGAUGCUUACAAAGAGGUGGCACAAUCUCUUUACAACACAAUCACUCAAUACACCUUGGAUAUAGAGGCAGUUAGCUGUGAUGAAAUGUACGUUGAUCUAGCUGGUGUUUUAGGAGCAUUGGGUUGUUCAGUUGACGAAUUCGUAUCACACAUUCGAAAGGAGAUUAUUGACAAAACACAAUGUCCUUGCUCGGCCGGAAUUGGAGAGAACAAGCUUCAAGCGCGUAUGGCUACGAAAAAAGCGAAACCUAAUGGACAGCAUUUUCUUUCUACGAACAGCGAGGAUGUUGAGGAAUACUUCGGUAACAUUCUGAUUAGCGAAUUGCCCGGAGUUGGGUAUUCAACAACACAAAAGUGUACUAAUUUGGGUUUAAAAACAUGCACUGACUUACAACGAGUUCCAUUAACGAAGUUACAACAAGAAUUUGGAAAAAAAUUGGGUGAAACUUUAUACCAAAAUUGUCGUGGAAUUGAUAACAAACUUUUGGUGUACGAUCAAGUGAGGAAAUCAGUGAGUGCUGAAAUUAACUACGGCAUUCGGUUCACUGAAGAGCACGAACUAGACAAUUUUCUGAGGCGAUUAUGUACCGAGGUGCAGCAUCGUCUUCUUGAAAUAUCAGCAAAAGGUAGAACAAUCACUUUGAAAUAUAUGGUGCGGGCCAAAGAUGCUCCGGUAGAGACAGCUAAAUUCCUUGGACAUGGAUUCUGCGAGAAUUUGACAAAAUCGGUCACAUUAGCAAAUUAUACAUGUGAUGUAAUGGUCAUUUCUCAAACGGUAUUCAAUAUAAGAAAGAUAUUGAAUGUGCCAUGCCAUGAGCUGCGCGGAAUUGGUAUUCAGAUAUCGAAACUAAACACACUUCAGAAUUAUGAUAAUAGGAAAAAUUCGUUAAAGAAUAUGUUUGAAAAAGUUCAAGCCAAACAAAAAUUGAAAACCUGUAAUGCCGAGUCUUCAGCCAUUGGCCAAAAGGAUGGAUGUAUCAACAGUGACCAAUGUGAGCGAAAACCCAUUUUCCGGAAAGUGAAAAGUUUCAACGACACACCAACACGUGAUAUGGUUGACAAACCUAAACCAAACUCUUCAAACAGAAAAUUACAAAAAAUAUACGACGAACUAGACUUGAGUGUUUUGGCCGAGCUGCCAAACGAAAUACAAGAAGAAAUCCUACGGGAGAAAAACAGAAUUCCGAAGAGAGAAACAAAUGAUAACAAAAUACUACGACCGAUAACUGUGAAAAAAGUAUUGGCUCGUAAGUUGGAAAUUGAUUUUGAUGACAUUGACAAUGAAUCUACGAAACGAAUACAUCAAAGAGAUCCGUCUCACAUAUCUGAAGGGAACAUCUUAAAUUCUAAGGAAUGGCGGCCAAUUCUAACGAAUUGGCUCGAUAAUUGUAAUGAUCCCGCCUACAAUGACGUUCAGGUGGUAUUGGGAUUUUUUCAGGAGUUCGCACGCGCUCAAAAACUAUGUGAAUUGGCUAUUUUCUUGAAAUACUUGCACAGGAAAACCAAAAAAUUGAAUUGUCGCUGGCAUCAAAUUUACAAUGGGAUUAUUGCUGCAGUUCAGAUUGAAAUUAAGAAUGCUUUUGGUCCAACAGUUACCUUUCAUAUCAAAGAUUCUUUUGAUUGUAAGAAUUGUAUAAAUAUGUGAUACACUUAUAUCAAUACACUUUUUUUUCAUUGAACAAAAACAAAAAUAAAAAAGAAUAAAAACACUGCAUUUGCACACAA